AGUAUUCUGCUACCCCAAUAUAUAGUAGACUUAGCCCAGCUUGCCGGAUAACUGGAGUCAAUCGAAGUUGUGCUAUCUUAGUCAAAUCAGACAAAACAAUUUUUGUUUUAAACCAAGAUGACGGCCAGGACUCAAAAAGUGGUUGCAGUCGCCCUAAUCCUUGCCGCACUCCCCCUGUCUCAGGCUUGGUGGGGGUUAUUUGAGUGCGACCCUGAUGUUGAAGGAGGGGGGUGCAGUGUUUUCUGUCCUUGUGAGGAUGGCAUGACGUGUGAGGCUGGUGUUCAUCGAUGCCGCAGACCGGGAGGGGUGGGGAAUUCUUGUCACGCUACAAAACCUUGUCGCGCGGGACUAUCAUGUGAAGCUGGCAGCCAUGUAUGUCGCGCGCCUGGCGUGACAGGAGAUCCAUGUCACGCAACACGCCCCUGUGGCUCAGGAUUCUUCUGCCAGUCACUCGUUCAGAAAUGCCAACGUUACGCCCGCCUAAACGAGGCCUGUUACCCAGAAUCCUUAGAGCACCUCGGAAGCCGCUGCGACAAAGACAACGGACACUGGUGUGACCCCGUGACGCGGACUUGCGUGACAGCCUCAGAAGAAGGGGGGCCUUGUGGAAAUAUGGGAGGAAGGGAGGAUGAAGGAAGAUGUGAAAGUGAUUUAAAAUGCGAAUGUGAUGAUUCUUGUAAUUUAGAAGAAACUUUGAAAUGUGCAAAGGGUCAAGAUCACAAAACAACGCUGCAGCAAUGGGUGAAAUCGGGAAACUACUUCUGCUGCACAUGCGCAGAAAACUAGGCAUCAUGUGACCUAUGCUUUAAAUUUAUAAAUAAAGAAAGCGAAGUUAA